CGAGGAGAGAUAAGAAGAGAAUAUAGGCACCGUCUAAAGAGCGGUGGCGGCGCUCGAGCGAACGAACGACGAAUGGAAAGCUCUUACCCCGUGAGCAACCCCGUUCUUCACCUUGAUUUCGUUCUUGACCCGUAACAAUUAUCAGAGAACGGAAAUACGAUACAUAUUUCAUGUGCCGUGACGCGUCAAGGAACAUAAGAAGAGAAGAAAGGACAGAAGGAGAGGAAAAAAAAAAAGGAAAAGAAAAAAGAAACAAGGAGAAAAAAAAAGAACAAGAAAAAGAGGAAGGUGAAGCAAAAAAUCUACAAAGUAGAAGUCAUGGGUCUCCGGGUACAAGAGAUGUAUACUGUGCACUGUCGCUUGACCAGGAAGAGAUAUUCAGAACGACAACUAUGGAGAGAACGCUUAAUCCUUUCUUCGGGGAGGAGUUUCAGUUCGAGGUACCCCGCAAAUUUCGAUACCUUGGUAUUUAUGUCUAUGAUAGAGAUAGGCACUUAAAGCAAGACAAAAUUCUGGGAAAAGUAGCAAUAAAGAGGGAAGAUUUAGCGACAUAUCAUAAUAAAGAACAUUGGUUUCCAUUAAAACCAGUUGAUGCCGAUUCUGAGGUACAGGGAAAAGCUCAUUUAGAACUUGCUUUGCAGCCUCAAGUUGGACAUGUUCAACCAAAACUUACAGUCAGAGUAAUAGAAUGUAGUGAAUUAACUAUUAAAAAUGGUGGCUGUGAUCCUUUUGCAACUGUUACGGUCAUCUACAGUAAUGGUAAACAAAUAUCAAAGCGCACGAAAGUUAAGAAAAAAACAGUAUCUCCUUAUUUUAAUGAGACGUUUGUUUUUGAGCCAGAGCUAAUGGAAUAUAAAGAUAAAGAUGUAUCUCAUUAUUCUAUUGAUGGAGGAGAAGUUGGUGAAGUUGUAGUUGGCUUAUGGCAUGCGUCUCCUGGUAUGGGAGAACAACCUGCAUUUCUAGGAGAAGUGCGUGUUACAUUAAGAGGACUUCAGAAGCAACCAACUAGUACAACAACUGCGUGGUAUUUUCUUCAACCAAGAGCAGCAAAACAUAGACCAAAUAAAAUUUCAAGUAAUUCAACACCACCGGGUACUCUUCCAGGCUUAGGGUCAUUACGUUUAAAAAUUCAUUAUACAGCUGAUCAUGUUUUCCCAUCUGGAAUGUAUGAGAGAUUGAGAACUUUAUUAUUACAAAGUGUUAAUGUUCAACCGAUAACAUCAUCUGCUGUUUAUAUUUUGGGUGAAAUUGUGGCUUCCAAAAUGGAAGCUGCGCAACCACUGGUUAGAGUGUUAGUUCAUCAUGGACAAUUAGUGUCUGUGAUGCGAGCACUUGCAAGUCAUGAAAUUUCUAAACUAACUGAUCCAACAACUAUUUUCCGCGGUAAUACAUUAGUCAGUAAAAUGAUGGAUGAAGGCAUGAGAUUAGCAGGUCUUCAUUAUUUACAUAGUACAUUAAGACCAGCAAUGGAGCAGGUCUUUUUAGAAAGGAAACCUUGCGAAAUAGAUCCUACAAGGGUAAAGGAUGCAAAUACGAUACAAACGAAUUUAGCAAAUCUAAAGGAAUAUGUAGAAAGAGUAUUUACAGCUAUAACAACGUCUGGUGUAAGAUGUCCGCCAUUAAUGUGUGAAAUGUUUUGGUGUUUACGAGAACUUGCUGCAACUCAUUUUCCAAAGAAUAAAGAAGUACGUUACUCCGUGAUAAGUGGUUUUAUUUUCCUAAGAUUUUUCGCACCUGCAAUAUUGGGACCAAGAUUAUUUGACAUCACUACUGAACAAAUUGAUUCUCAAACAAAUAGAACGUUAACAUUAAUAUCUAAAACAAUUCAAAGUCUGGGUAAUUUAGUGAGUUGUAGAGGAGGAGCUGGUAGCGUUUGUAAAGAGGAAUAUAUGGAAUGUGUAUAUAGAGAAUUUUAUACAGAAAGACAUAUACAAGCUGUUAAACAAUUUUUGGAACUUAUAUCGACUAGUAGCAGUAGCGGUGCAACGAAACAACGACCUACGAUGUUGCAAGAACAACCAGUUGUGUUGAAAGAAGGAAUAUAUUUCCUUUUUGUGCAUACUAUCGAUUGUACUAAGAGAAUAAUGAUCAAGAGGGCUCAAGGGAGAAAAAGGUUUGGAAGAAAAAAUUUUAAACAGAGAUACUUUAGAUUAACUACACAAGAUUUAACUUACUCCAAAACAAAAGGUAAAGAACCUUUAUGUAAAAUUCCUUUGGAGGAAAUACUCGCGGUUGAAAGGUUACACGAAGAUUCUUUCAAGAUGAAAAAUAUGUUUCAAAUAGUACAACCACAAAGAGCAUUGUAUGUUCAAGCUGGUAAUUGUGUGGAAGAAAAAGAAUGGAUCGACAUACUUACGAAGAUAUGUCAUACAAAUAGUAAUAGAUUAGAAAAAUAUCAUCCUAGUGCAUAUAUUAAUGGCCAUUGGCUUUGUUGUCGUGCAGCAUCUGAAGUAGCUCCAGGAUGCAGUGAGGUGUCUCCAGGUAUAGAGGCUGGUUUACGCAUGGUUCUAGAUCCUGAUCGGGAUUUACAAAGGAUACAUUCUUUGAUUUUCACCAAUAUGCCUCGGCUUGAAACAUUAAUGAGUGCAUGUGAGUGUCAGGCAGUGUAUGGGGCGAGUGAUAUGUGUGUGAUACCAGGUGGUGGGUCUCUUAUUGAAGACGUUCCAUCUUGUUUUAAAACUUUAACUUCGUUGAGAGAAGCUGCAUAUGCUUUGCAGCACGAACAUAGAGCUUACUUUAGAAGACUAGCACGUGAUACCAAGUAUGGGAGCAAACAAGCACCUAUUGGUGACGAUAAUUACCUCCAUUUAGCUGCCAGAGCUGGUUUUGAUAGUCAGCUAACAAAACGUGCUUAUGAAACAGAUAGCUUAAAUCAGCGUUGUACAGAUGCAGACCAUUGUUAUGAUAUUGGAUUUUCUAGACGAAUAGAAGAUCGAAGAUACGACGAUACACUCAGGAAAUGUCUAGAUUCUGACUCCAUCAAUCGUAGGUUUAAAACUUGGAAGAGAUCAAGAAAAACAAAUAUUUAAGAGCACGUCUGAUCUGCAAUUUACGAGAAAAAAUGUGUCUAUACUGUAUAGAAAAAAGAUCUUACAAUUUUACAAAUGAGACUGCUAUCUUUUUUCAUCACAAUAAUAUUCUGGCUUUAUAUAUAUAUAUAUAUAAAAUAUGUUUUAAUAUUUGAUUAUAUAUAUGUCAUAAUAGAAAUUAUUAUAAAAUAUAUAUAUGUAUAUAUAUAUAUAUAUAUGUAUAUAUAUAUGUAUAUAUAUAUAUCCUGUGAUAGUUUAUAUAACCAGCAUUCAUUAUGAUAUAUAGAUAUUCUAAUCAAAUGUAUUAUUCAUAUUAUUAACUAAAUAACUGUUAAGACAAUUGGCAUUUACUAAGAAUCAAUUUUAUUUUGUAAAACUAAUCUUGUGUGUGCAUGUUGUGUGUGCACAAACAGAAUAGAAACUAAUCUAUGCCAUUCUUAAUUCAAUUUAUUUUAUGUUUGCAAUUUACAUGGAAAAUAUAUUCUUCGAUAAAUUUAGGACACGUUUUUGAAUAUAUAUAUAUAUAGAAUAAUAUUAUUACUAUUAAGAAGAUUGCCAUACAUAUGGUAUACAUGCAAUUAAAAAAUUAUGAAAUAUAAAUAUAUAAAAUUUGUCACUUAGCAGAUAUAGAUUUUUCAAGAUAUGUAUGACUUGUAAAACUAAAAUAAUGGAGAAGUUUUUUUUUUCUCUCUCUUAAUCGGCGACAUAUGUAUUUAUCUAUUUAAAUUAUUGAAUCUAAUAUUACAUUGAUUUGGGAAAAUCAUAUGCAUUUUGAAUCUUAAAAAAAAAAAAAAAAGAAUGCAUAGAAAACUUGCAAAUAAAUAUAUUAGUAUGUGAUUUCAAUGCUUUUGCUGGUCAUUUCAUUGGUAUUCGCAUAAAAGCACUUUUCUUUGAUCGAUAUUCUAUCGCGUCCAAAUUUAUUUUCAAUAAUAAUUAUUGUAUGCUUUGAAAAUCUCAUCUGCAUUAAGCAAAAUUUUUUAUAUUUUUCUUUUGCAAUCAUAAGCUAUAUUAUUAUGAAUAUAUAUAUAUAUAUAUAUAUAUAUAUAUAUAUAUAAAAGAAAAAAAAAUCCCUCCAAAAUCUGAUAGACAAGAAUAGAAGGAAUUAAAAAUAAAGUCAUAAAUAAAAAAGGGCAGUUGUUAAAAGAAUGUAUAGUAAUUGUUAUGGCCUAUUAUUAAUUAUUGCAGAUAUUAUGUAGUUUAAAAAUUCUAGCUUAUCCUUAUAAUGUACAGUGUACAGAAUUCUUUAUUUCCAUGUUUUAGAGAAUGUGACUUUAUUAAAAUUCGUUUAUCGUCUAGAUUUACGAUCUAAGAUAAUGUUAGUGAGUAUUUAUAGAUUAAUCAAAGUGUAUAUAUAUAUAUAUAUAUGUAUAUGUAUAUAUAUAUAUGUACAUAUAAUAUAUGUAUACAUAUAUAUAUAUAUAUAUAUAUUGGACAAAAAUGUUAUUUAAUUAUUUCAACUACAAUUUAUAUUCAAUGUAGUUUGAGAAAACUUGACAUAUCCAUAAAAGGCCUUCAAGUGCAUAGGUUUAUAAAUAGAAUUUGGCUUAUUGUCCGAUAAAGAUAAUCGACAUUAACAAUGUAUAAAUAAAUAAGUAAAUUAUAAUAGAGGAAUUAGAUAAGUAUAACGUAAAGUUUGCUGCAAAAUAUUAAGUUAAUAUACAGAGGAUUAAAUCUUCCUCUCUUUAUACUUUCAUGACCUGUGAACUGCAAGAAUCCUCUGAAUAAAAAGUGAUCAAAUUAAUAGUUAUUUUAAAAUGAAUAAUUCAAAAUCUCUCUCUCUCUUUCUUUCUCUCUCUCAUUUUUUCUCUAUUUCUCUCUUUCUCUCUUUUUCUCUCUUUGUAUUUUUUGGAAAUAACAUAAGUUUUCAUUAUAUAAUAGUCGAUCGUAAUUUUACGAGUUCUUGUAUGUUAUAUGUAAGAAAUUUUUUUAAUAAUUUGAUUUUAUAUAUAUAUAUAUAUAUUAUUAUUAUUAUAUAUAUGUAUAUAUUUUGGAACAAUAUUACGACAACGAUUAUAUUGUAUUGCAUUUUGAAUAACAAAAUUAAUGUUAAAUUUAUUGUUAAUCCAUACUAAUGAACUAUGAGAAAAUUUGUUAAAUACAUAAAUAUAUUUCUUUUCUUUUUUUUUUUCUUUUUUUUCUUCUUUUUAAAUUUUUGUAAAUGACAAAGAAAAUACAUUUAAUUUUGUAAAGAUUUUCUUUGCCAUAUGAAAUAGUAACGUUGCACAAUGAUCAAUUGAUAAACGAUAAACAAUGGGAUUUAUUAAGAGGAUAUUAUGUGACUGCAUUGAAUAUAUAUGUUAUGUAUAUACGUAUAUAUGUAUAGACGUGUAGAUAUAUCUAUAUAUGUAUAUAUAUGUAUAUGCAUUACAUACAUAUAUUUGUAUAUUAUAUAUUUUCGAGUUUUCGAUGCAGAUAAACAUGGUAAUUCUACUUAUCAGCGGUAUUAUUUAUAUUAAUUUUAUUGUAUUAGUAAUUUAAUAACACUUUUGUAUACUCUUUCGUUGUGUUCACCAAGUAACUAUUGUUAUCUUGCAGAAGUUCUUAGCAUAGACUGUGCCUUACAUUUCUCGAGGACCGAAAAAAUACAUUUCUUAAAUCUACAGAGGAUUAUAUUUCACAAAUUAUUUAUUUAAAUCGAGGAUUGUGGGGUGUGCUAUGUAAUAUACACCUUCUGUGUAUUUUAAUAUUGUACAUAUGAUGUUUACUGCAAUAAAAAAUAUGUCCUCUGUGAAA